AUGACGGUAGAAGAACUCGCCACAACAGUUGAACAAAAAAUUAAGCUUCUGGCCAAUGCAGAUGCAAAAGCCAUUGAGCGGGCUGAACAUGCCUACAUUCGAGCCAACGCUCAGCUCAGAGAAGUUAUCAGUGGUCUGAAAACGUCACUAAUCAAUCUUGAACUUCUGGCCGGAGAACAACAAGAUCCCCCACAUACCGCGUCAGCUCCUACCAAAACUGCGAAGCAGCCGACACCGGUGAAAGCCGAGAAAAAAGGCGGUAAGCCCGCGGACAGCAAUUCCUCCGUGGAUGUCAGUCGACUUGACAUGCGCGUGGGCAAAAUCGAAGAAGUUGAGCGCCAUCCCGACGCUGAUUCACUCUACGUAGAAAAAGUCGACCUCGGUGAGGGCCAUCUUCGGACCAUAAUCAGCGGCCUGGUGAACAACGUGCCGAUUGAGAAAAUGCAGGGACUCGUGGGCAUUUUCAUGUGCAACCUGAAACCGGUGAAAAUGCGGGGCAUCCUCUCGGAGGGCAUGUUAAUGUGCGCCACCGACGCAAACCAGAAGGUCGAACCGCUCGUCAUUGUCAGCGACACGCCGCCUAAGCUUGGCGACACUGUCUACGUUGACGGCUAUCCAGGUGAACCGGACGAUCAGCUAAACCCAAAGAAAAAGAUUUUUGAGCAGGUGAAACCAGACCUGCGUGUGGACGGCAACCACUUGGCUACUUACAAGGGUACACCCUGGAAGUUGAAGGGUGACCCUUCCGCCGUCAUAAAAGCCCCCACGGUGGUUGACGCACAGAUCUCCUAG